ACUUCUUUCUCUUAUCCGCAGACGUUUGCGAGCAUCAGCUUGCCUCCCCCUCCCUGCCUCCGACUCCACCUCUCCGAAACUUCCUGGGUAGCGUCGAACGGUCUCCUCAAAUUUAAACCUAGCCCGUACAGUGUCGGUCGAUGCCUAAACCCCGACCGACUUUACUGGUUGUGGAGAGGGGUAAUAGAUGAGGGAGGCCAACCAAAGCAGUCCCUCGCGAAAUGGUUCUGACGACCGAACAGCCCGAAAGAACCCGUACCCCGUUAUCCACACCAGAACAAUUUACAAAGUCGCUCAAACCCGUCGCCAGGAAAGAUUCAAGCCGGGGGAUUCUGUCCACGUCAGAGACGGAGAAUGGAGGUGAGGACAGGCCCAGACGGAGCGGCAAGCAUGCAGGGGAACCCCAGCCGUCUCUGGACUUGGAGUGGGAGCUGGACGGCAGGAAGAAAACGCCCCUCAUGAGAUUCAAAGCUGCGGAACAGCCUUCUCCAAUUCAAAAUCCCAAUGACAGUGAAACCAAGAUUGCAAGGAAAAAAUCCAGCCAGAUAUCCAAGACCAAUCUCCAUUACCAUAAAAUAUUCAAACAUAUCAGCAAAGAUGAGACACUGAAACAAAGUUACACUUGUGCCCUGCAGAAAGACAUUCUGUAUCAAGGGAAACUUUAUGUCUCUGAUAACUGGAUCUGUUUCCAUUCAAAAGUUUUUGGCAGAGACACAAAGAUUACUAUCCCAGUUGUCACCGUGACUUAUAUCAAAAAGACAAAAACAGCAAUUUUGGUACCAAAUGCCCUUGUAAUUACAACUACAAAUGAGAGGCAUGUGUUCGUGUCAUUCCUCUCUCGAGAUACCACCUUCAAACUCCUGACAUCCCUCUGCAUUCAUUUAGACGGAGACAAUACUGGGAGUAGCCCUAUCCCUUCCUCUGCUGAGAACAGCUUCAGAUUGGACUGCCCCACUUCACUUCCUCUGGACUUCUCUGUGGACUUCCUGGACCUGGAUGGAGGCGUACGCCACAGGAGACAAGACGUGCCGGAGAGCAGCAGCUCUGGUUCACAGACUCCCGAUUAUGACAAAAUGUCCGAGUUCCCCAGCUUGCCAGACACGUUCCUGAGCGGAGGGAAGAACGGCGAGGUGGCGGUUCAUGCGGACGUCCACCUCCAGACUCCCAGCCAAAAGCACACAGCAGCCCAUCACAAUGUGCCAAGCAAGCUGCCCCAGGCCGUUGUGCACAAAGAGAAAUCUCCCCAGUCCAUGUCGUUGCACACCCUUCUCCUCAUCUACUUGUUCCUAGUAAGUGUCCUUGUGUUGACCUCGUGUUACAUGGCCUUUAAGAUUGUGGGCCUCGAACAGCGUCUCACAUCCCUGGGUGAAUACGGGCGUAAUGGGUACGUGGCUAAUCCCAAAGCCCAGGUUGACUUCAACGCUGCGAUGUACGGGGAGUUGUCUACAAACCUGCUCAGGCUAGAGAAGAUUCAGAGAAACUUACAAAAGUUACUUGAAGAGACCUAACCAACAGACACUGCCGGAUGGAAGCUUCACCUUUGCUAAAAACGUUGGAAUUUGCAGUUCAGCUUUCAGUUCCAAAACAGACACCCACUCCUAGAAGACAGCAUUCUUAAUUGUGCAAUAAGCAGUAUCGCCUCUCUCAGGACUAAGAUUGGUAUAUUUUGUAACAGAUGAAUGAGUUAGAGUAAUGAAUGCAUAUUAGUGGCUUUAGUAGGCAAGGAGAAGCCAUAAGCUGUAUGUGUAGUGCCUCAUUUGAGAGUCUUUUUUUCAGGUAUGACUAGGUCCAAAGGAUCCACCUAUUUCAAUGUAUUUUUAACAUUUCAAAAUUAUCAACAUGUUAGGCCCGCUAUUAAUGUGCCCUUAUGUUACAGAAAGGAUUUUUGCCAAUAAAAUAUUUAUAGAUUUCGCUUAA